UCAGUCACGUAACCCAGAAAAAGAGACAUAAACAUGGAAGUGGUACUAGUCGAGUAAUAGUAUAGAUCGAGAUAAGGAAAAAGGGGGGAAAAAGAAAAACAGUCUCCUCUUGUUUCUGUAUAAAAGCAUGAGUGUUCAUUCGGGAGUUUUUUCGUGAGCUGGGAUUCUUGAGUUACGCUUUUGGAUUCCAUGGAGUUGUUGCAAAGCUCCAAUGCUGAUCUGGGUUUGAAGCUUUCUUCUUCUCUUAGUUUCAUCCACCAAUAUGGACAAGUAUGUAUUUACGUUCCCAGUCAUGAUUUGACCUCCAUUGUUAAGCUGGAUCACAGCUUUUCCCAAUGAGUAGUUCUCUGUGAAUGUUUUGGAAUCCGAUGAUUGUUUUCUGGUAGGUCUUUUAGUAUUAAUCAAUUCUUUGAUUCUUUUAGGUGGGGAGAUUUUUUUUUUCUUUAUUUAUUGCAUUGUACACAUAUAUAUUCUUCAUAUAGGAACACUUUGAGUUUACAAAGAAAAACAAAACCCAUUUGAUUUACUCACUUUUUUCUUUGAUUCUUUGUUGUAUUCAUCGGAUUCCUUUUGGCUUUCAAUUGGUUUUGGUUUCUUGGAAAAAAUUUCACACACUCACAUAGUCUGUCUCUCUAGAUUUCUCUUUUCAAACAUACAUAAACAAAACUUUGUUUGAACAUACACAACUCAUAUAGGAAGAUCAUACAUUAGUUUGCAUUUUCAAUACUAAAACAAAAGAGAGAUAGGGAGUGAAAUAGAAGAGAAUCAGGGUGGGUGAAUAGAAAAGAAAAACAAGAGAGAAGAUAGAGAAGGGUUACAGAGGAUGUUGGCUGGGUGUUCUAGUUCUACAUUGCUGUCACCUAGGCAUAGAUUGAGGAACGAAGCAUCUGCACAGUAUCAAGCUUGUCACUUCCAGUUACCUUCCAUGAGCACCCAAAGACUGGACUUGCCAUGCACUUUUCCUCGCAAAGAAACUUCACGUUCGCAGCCCAUCAGACCUGUAGGUCUCUCUGUUGAGAAACCAAUUGAAUCCAAGAUCACCAGUAGCCGUUCUCUCAAGCACAAUCUCCGUCUCCCUCCAUUGUCAACCACAGCGACCACAGCUUUCGGCGAAGGAAGAAGAGAGAUCAAAGAUGAGUUUUGGGAGGGAAAGGGUAAGAAUCUGAAGAGAUUUGCAGAGCAGGGUUUGGUAGAUGAUGUUUGCCUCAGCAGAGCAAAGAGGAAAAAGGGUGGUAGUGAUGGUUUGGGUUUAGGUCAGUUGGGUGGGAAUUUCUGGUUUCAACCAAACUCUCAAGUUCUUCCUUUCUCUCUUACAUAUUCAGGAGAUGAAGAAAGGGCUUGUUUUGUGCCUGGUGAAGUGAUAUCUCCACCUCUGCCAUUAUCAAACAAUCCCUGGUUGGAAUCAGUCAUAACUGAGAUCACAGACCUAGGCGAGAAAGAUAACACUAGUCGCUGUCCUGUAAAAGAAGCUUCAGGUUCAAGUGCUUCUUCUGACAGCCAUAGCUUGGGGCUUAAGCUAAACGAGAGUAACACAGAGCAUGAAGAAGUAGGUAAUGGGUCUGGCAACCCUUACCCAUAUGAAGGAGCUAGCGUGGAGGCAGGCAAGGAGCUUAACAACAGAGGAGAGCAUCAGGGGUUUGAGCUUCUUGCCUUGCUUACAGGUUGUGUUGAAGCAAUUGGCUCCAAGAAUAUCCCUGCUAUUAACCACUUCAUAGCUAAACUAGGGGAUCUGGCUUCUCCUAGAGCAGGAAACCCUGUAAGCCGAUUAACAGCUUAUUACACAGAAGCUCUGGCUCUCAGAGUCACCAGGCUUUGGCCUCAAAUUUUUCAUGUCACCACUCCCCGGGAGUUCGAUCGGGUUGACGAUGACUUGGGCGGCACUGCACUGAGGCUCUUGAACCAGGUCAGCCCAAUUCCAAAGUUCAUUCAUUUCACUGCAAAUGAGAUGUUGUUAAGAGCUUUUGAAGGGAAAGAUAGGGUUCACAUCAUCGAUUUUGACAUCAAGCAAGGUCUGCAAUGGCCAAGUUUCUUCCAGAGUUUAGCUUGUAGGAGAAACCCUCCUACCCAUGUGAGGAUCACUGGCAUUGGUGAGUCCAAACAGGAGCUAAAUGAGACGGGAGACAGACUCGCCGUCUUCGCAGAGUCCUUGAACUUGCCAUUUGAGUUCCACCCAGUUGUGGACAGAUUAGAAGACGUGAGACUAUGGAUGCUUCAUGUGAAGGAGAAAGAGAAUGUGGGUGUGAACUGUAUUUUCCAGCUUCACAAGAUUCUGUACGAUGGGAAUAGAGCUGCGUUCAGAGACUUUCUGGGUCUGAUUCGUAGCACCAACCCAACAGCAAUUGUAAUGGCGGAGCAAGAAGCGGAACAUAAUACCCUCAGCUUGGAAUCAAGAGUCUGCAAUUCGCUCAAGUACUACGCUGCCAUAUUUGACUCCAUUAAUUGCACCAACCUUCCAGUAGACAGCCCUGUAAGGAUGAAGAUAGAGGAGAUGUUUGGAAGGGAGAUCAGAAGCAUUGUUGCUUGUGAAGGAAGUGAGAGAGUUGAGAGACACGAGAGGUUUGAGAAAUGGAAGACGAUGAUGGAACAGGGAGGGUUCAGAUGCAUGGGGGUAAGUGAAAGAGAAAAGGUUCAGAGCCAGAUGCUGUUGAAGAUGUACUCAUGUGAUAACUUCCAUGUGAGGCAGCAAGGAGAAGAAAAUGAUGGAGCGGCGUUGACUUUGACCUGGGAAGAUCAGCCUCUUUACACAGUCUCUUCAUGGGCGGCCAUGGAUAUUGGUGGGAGUUCAUCGUCUUUCUCGCAGCCAGGGGGUUCUUGUUUUUCUUAGAUUAAAAGUUUUUACAGACAUAGAAAUUAUUCUUUGUAGGUGGAGACAUCUUGGUUACUAUUCUUUCAUUCUUUCUUUUCUUUUUGCAGAUAAAAAGAACAAGUAGCUUCUUCUUCUUCUUCUUCUUCUUCUUCUUCUUCAUAGCUCGGACUUCAGAUGUCUUUGUAGCAUGUGUUUAUCAUUCUUUCAUUCUUUUCCAUUGUAUUAUGAUGAUGAUGAUGAUGAUGAUGAUGAGAUUCUUUCCAGU